UUCGACUGAUGUUAACAGGAGAAAACGUGAGCAACACCAUUAAUUUGAACGAGAUCGCUGAGCAGACAGAAGGUUUUUCUUGCAGCGAUCUGCGAGAGACUUGCCGAAAUGCUGUUAUACAUCAGGUCCACAGUCACUUGGAGAAGAAGAAGAUGAGACCAAGUUCUCAGCAGAAAACCAGCAGCCAGUGUGAUCAAAGUCAUGUGGAGGUGGAGCGUCUGCAGCCAGUCAGCCAGGAGGACCUGCUCUUCGGUCUGAGCAAGCUGAAGGCAUCUAAGCGGGCCACGUCCUCCGCUGUGCCCAACGCCACCAAACCCUGAACAGAAAGCCCUUCUCUGAAGAUCAACUCACUUCCAUGGUUCAAAA